AUGGCGCUUCGUUCAGUCACUGCAGCCAGCGUUACUUCUGUCGCGUCGCCGUCCCCCUCCCUCCAUUCCGCGGCAUCCUCCCUUCGCUCUUUCGCUGACGUCACCGCAUCCGUCGCUUUCCUCGGCCAGCCGUGGGCCUCCCGCCCGGACCGCGUUUCGGCCUUGUGCGCUUUCCGCAAGAACCUUUCUCGUCCUUGCAAUGACGGUUCGAGCCGCGACGACCUCUCGAGUCGCGCCGCUUUCUCCAACUGCUCUUCUCCACACCCUUCGACAGCGUUACUCCCGUGCGCGGUUGGCGGCCUCCCCCGCCCGCAGGUGCUCCUAUCAACCCGCGCGAGUGCCGCCGCCGACGCCGCUCCCUCUGCCACUCUCCCCGAGCAGCAGCAGCAGCAGCAGCAGCAGCAGCAGCAGCAGCAGCAGCAGCAGCAGCAGCAGCAGCAGCAGCAGCAGCAGCAGCAGCAGCAGCAGCAGCAGCAGCAGCAGCAGCAGCAGCAGCAGCAGCAGCAGCAGCAGCCGCGGAGGCGCCAGAACCAACCGAGUCGAGGAGGCGAGCCGGGCGCCGUGGAAGGAAGACAGAGCGCGGGGCAGCCUCUGAGCGAUGGAGGCGGCGGAGGAGGCGGAGGCGGAGCGCCCAGUAGGUUCAACUCGCGUGGCCGACGCAGCGGCGAAAGCGGCGCAAACGGCGGGAGCUUCGCAAGAGGCCGCGGCGGCGGCCACAGUAACGGUAACGGUAAUGGCAACGACUCCCCGCUGGCGACGCUGACGCGGGUGUCGUCGUGUCUUGCGGCGCUGCGAGAAGCGAAGCAGCGAUGGGUGGACGAGCGACGUCGCAGAGCGUCGCAGGCAAAGAAGAAGAAGGCGAAGAAUGCGCGCAAGAGCAAAGAGGGAGGUUCGAACGAGGGCACUCAAACCGCGGCCGUCGACGAGCCCGUUGCUGCUGCGGCCCCCGUCGCCGCCGCCGCUGCCGCCGCCGCCGCUGUCGCUGAUUCUACUGAUGCCGCCGCUUCCGCUGCCGCUUCUCCCGCCGCUGACGGCGCAACUGAUGCGGCCAGCACUCCUCCCGAGACGCUCGAGUCGGUGGUGUGGCCGAUUCUGGACCAAUCAGAGCGCGAGUGGGUGCAGUCUGACGUCAUCCUGGUGCUGAAGGAGCUCGGCGCGCAGCGCGGCGAGCACGACCUGCUGGGCGCGGUGUUCGCGUGGCUGCAGCACGUGGAGGGCACGAGCAAGGAGCUCGAAGCGGGGGUUCGUGCGUGCACGACGGUCCUGGCUGCGUACGGGAAAGCAGGAAACGUGGAGCAGAUGGAGGCGGUGGCGCGCGGAAUGGAGGCGCGCGGAGUUUCCCCGGACCUGUUCACGUACAACGCGCUCAUCGGCGGGUACGCGCGCGCGGGGCGGUGGCGCGCGGCGAUCGGCGUGUACGAGCGCGUGCGCGAGGACGAGAUGGUGGAGCCGGACCGCGUGACGUGCGUGGAGAUGGCCAUGAUGCUCGCCGCCGCGAAGCAGCCCAUCCCGCUGCGCGCCGUGCUCGAAGACAUGCUGGCCCUGCGCAUCCCUGUGGACGCCAAGCUGCUGGAGCGCGCAGAGGGCGUGAAGCUGCCCGCGUCGCUGGCGGUGGCGUGCAUUAACGCGUAUGGCGCCAUGGGCAUGCCUCAGCACGCGGAGGGCGUGUUCCAGGCGCUGCGGCAGCAGCAGCAGGGGCGCGUGGAGGACAGGCGCGUGUUCGUGGGGCUGCUGAGGGCGUACGCGAGCAACGGGCAGAUGCGCGAGGCGGAGGGAGUGGUGCAGGACAUGCUGCAGGGGGGGGUGCGCCCCUCCACUGGUUGCUUCCUCGCACUGCUGGACGGAUACACCCGUCUGGGCGAGUUCGGGUUAGCAGAGGGAGUACUUGAAUACAUGAGAGAGCUGCAGCUCACGCCCGACCCAUCUCUGCACCUGGCGCUCAUCUCCGCCUACCUCUCCGCCCACCACCCCGCAUGGGCGCAUUCCGCCCUCUGUGACCUCCUGGCGGAGCACCCUGCUUUCCUGCCCCCUGUGGAGCUGCUGCUGCGCGCACGGUUGGUGCAGGCGGAAGGGGGGGAGAGGGCCACAGGAGAGGGUGGAGAAGAGGGAGGGGAGGGAGGGAAGAGAGAUGAAGAGGGAACAGUGAGCGUAGUGGAGGGAGUUGAUAUUUCUGCAGCUGUUGCGGUGGAACAGGAUAGUGCUGCCGCUGUGAAAGUAGCAGAGGAGAGUGCCAAGGCUGCAAAAGUCGCAAGGAGAACUGCACAGAUGGCAGUGGGAGGAGGAGAGAAUGCGAAGAACGCAGGGGCGAAAGGGAAGGCUGCAGCUGCAGAGAGGGAACUGGAUGCACCUGCUAUUACAGGUACAGGGGAGGCAGCAGCCAGUGCACUGGAAGAAACAGCUGUGGAGGCGCUUGGAAAGGCGGCAGGUGCGGAGGCGACUGAAACGGAAGCAGUUGCAAAGGCGAGUGAAAAGGCAGCAGUCGCGAAGGCGAGUGAAAAGGCAGCAGUCGCGAAGACGAGUGAAAAGGCAGCAGCUGCUGGGAAAACGGCAAAACCUGCAGAGUUGGCAGAAAAGGCAGUAGCUGCAGAGGUGGCAGAUGUGCUCUAUACAAGCGCAGAAGCUCCAGAGAAAACUGGGGAGGAGUCACUGCUGCAGAUGCUUCAGAAGGGGUUAACGGUGGGGGAGGAGCAAGUGGUUGCAGAGCUGGAAGCUGCGGGGUUGGUGGGGGGGGAGACGGUUGGUGAUGGUCGGACUGCUGCUGUGUUGACUCUGUGGAAGUCCCUCAGGAGCAUCCCGACGUUUCAGCCAACAGUGGCCAUGUUUGUUCCUGUCAUCAAGAACAGGGCUUUGGCUGGAGAUUUCCCCUCCCUCUGCUCUCUUAUGGCUGACCUGAGGGGGCUUGGACUCACUCCGUCUGAUCAGGUAUUUGCUGCGUUACGACUGGCGCCUCUAGAGAGCGCUGCUGCUAAAUCGAGUGCUGCUGUAACGAGUACAACUGUGGUGAAAGCGCCUGAAGAGAGGGAGGUGGAGUCUGGAGGGAAAGCCGAGGCUGUCGAGCAGAAGAUGGAUGCAGGUUUGCAGAAGACAAAGAAUGAGCAUGCAGUACAGAAGGGGAAGGAGGAGGUAGUGGAACCCAUGAAAGUGGUUGCAGAAAUGGAAGGCUUGGAAGCUGAGAUGGUGGUGGGUGGAGGGAAGUUCUCUGUUCAAGGGGCAGAGAAGACAGAAGUAGAGAAGAAGCAGCCCGGUAAAAUAAUUGACAGGAAGGAUUCCAAACGCACCGAGAAGACAAUGGCACUGGAGAAGCCGGAUGAUGGUGCAGCAGAAAAGCAUGGCGGACCAGGAGUGUCGGAGGUUUGUGAAGGAGUUGGAGGACAGGAGGAUGGAGUGGUAAGCGAAGGAAUGGAGGCUGAAACAGUGGCUGGGGACACAGUUAAGCCACCAACUACCCAAGGGACUCCCUUACAUGAAGCUUUACCAUAUGAAGGAAAUCAAGAAUCUAUCGCCGCGGCAGCCCUGACAGAAGGUAAGGCAGUUAGCAAGCCAGAACUGGUCAAUCAAGGAGGUGUAGAGGUAUCUGCAAAUCCUUCAGCGGGUGCUGUUGUGGGAGAUCAUGACACAGCACCCUCUAGUGUGAGUGGGACAGGAGAAGAAACUAUUCGGGAGCAGGACACACAAUAUAUUGCAGCUGGAUUACCAGAAGAGCUUACGGGAGACACGAGUAGCGGUGGGGGAGUUAAUGAGAAGGUGGGGAGGGAGAAAAACGGGAGGAAGAGGGAUUUGGAGAAGGUUGGCUUGGGCAAAGGAGCCCUAGCAACUGUCAAGGGUUUUGGAGCUUGGAGUAAAGCAACCAAGAAGGCAGGCAAGGGUUUUGGCAAGACUGGUGGCAAGGGAGUAAAAAAGGAGCAGAAACUGAAGGAGGGUGUGGAGGUCGAGAUUGCUUGUGAAGCAACUCAUGUGGCGACAGCCGUGGAAACCGUAGCCUAG